AUGGCUGCAGUAACUAUGACAUCCUCAUUCCUCGGGACAGGCUCAUCAGUCAUGUUAGCUGCCUCCGCAAAGCAGCCAAUGAUAAGUGUCCGCAGAAGCAAUGUUGUCAUGUCAAAGGCUUCAGAAGUCACUAAGGAGAGUUUUGAAGUGAAUAACAAGAAUGCCAGGAGGGAAUUGUUGUUUGCUGUCGCGGCUGCAGCAGCAUGCUCGGUGGCCAACAUUGCGUUGGCUGAUGAGCCAAAGCGUGGAAGCCCCGAGGCCAAAAAGAAGUAUGCUCAAGUUUGUGUUACCAAUCCAACUGCCCGUAUUUGUCGCAACUGA